AUGACCUUUCCUGGCAUUUACAGUAGACAUAGCUUCGCAUUCCUAUCUUGUUCCAGCCAGUUCGACAUAAUGGCUUUAGGAGCCAAGGACAGAUGGCGAAAGAGAAGCAGCUAUUACAACGGCCACACCUCACUGAAUCUUGGUCAAUCUGAAGGCACAUCUCCUAGUGAAGAAAUAUGGCCCUCUUGCAAAACUACCGAACUCCUUCCAGCGACUACAAGAACUGCCGAAGAUAUCCUUUCAUCUGAACCAACCACCGAAACAUCAGCGGUCGCGACAAAGGGAGGAUGUUGCAGGUGGGAUGUUGUAGAUAAGAGAUCGACACAGCGCGGCUACCGGUUGAUUCUAUUCAGGAAAUGGAAUCUCAUAGGACAUCUUGAUUUCGUGAGGCCUCCAAGACAUCGAUACAUAUCUAUCAUCUGA